UUGCCGUGCCGUUUACCGCCUGUCGACCGCCGUUUGUGUUGACAAAACUUCUCCAUUUAUCCGUUCUUGUGGAUUGUUAAUUUGUUACUAAAGCUCGUGUUCUCCUAUUAAGUUCACAUUUACUUCCGCCAAAAUGUCCGGAGAAUUCUAUCUGCGUUAUUACAUCGGACACAAAGGUACGUAUUUAUUACUCGAAAAUUUGAUAAUAUUCACAACAAAAACCCUUUCCCUGGUGGGUCUCUCGGGUGGUUCUAUUUGUUGAUAACCCUUUAUUUCGUUUCGUUAUUCGCGGCUUUACGUUGCUAAUUUAAACAUCGAAUUAUAUUGAAAAACCUAUCGGAUUCACGAGAUAUCUGAAAUAGUUUUUUUUUAUUAAUGGCACCGUAGAAAUUUACGACACAUUUUUCAAUGUUGUUUAGUUGAAACGGAAAAAUCAUUCCCAGACUUUAUAAUUGAUACAUUAAUUUAAAUGCCUAUGACUACAUAACUGUGAUUGAAAUAUUGGUAAAAUGGACACAUCAUUUUCUUUGUAUAUGACGGUCAGAGGUAUUGAGUACUACUGAUAUUAAAAUUUAGUAUACCUACCCAUGUAUUUUAUUUUCAAUCUGUUUAAGUAAAAUUAUUGUUUUUAAUUUAGUGUCUCUAAAUAGAGCCUAAAAAUAAAAAAAUAGGUUGAAUGAAAUUGAAUUGGCAAUAGGAUUAAAAAAUAAUUGGUGUUACUGCACUUUUAAUUUUGUAGGAAAAUUUGGUCAUGAGUUCUUGGAAUUCGAGUUCCGUCCCGAUGGUAAACUGCGUUACGCCAACAAUUCUAACUACAAGAAUGACACAAUGAUUCGCAAAGAAGUAUACGUUCAUCAGCCAGUCAUCGAUGAGCUCAAGCGUAUUGUUUCAGAUUCCGAGAUAAUGCAUGAGGAUGAUGCCCUGUGGCCUCCACCAGACAGAGUCGGCAGACAAGAGCUUGAGAUUGUUAUUGACGAUGAACAUAUUUCGUUCACAACAUCAAAGACUGGAUCGUUGUUGGAUGUCAAUACAUCCAAAGACCCUGAGGGUCUGAGAACAUUUUACUAUCUUGUUCAGGAUCUUAAGUGUUUUGUAUUUUCAUUAAUAUCGCUGCAUUUCAAGAUCAAACCAAUUUCAUAAUUAGAUAUUUUUGAAUAAAUAAUAUUUAUUAUGUAAAUAACUUAUGGAAUAAACAUAUUUUUUACGGCAAAAAAUAUAAUGUUUAUUCUCGAAUAACAAACUCAUUUUUGUAUUAAUAAUAGUUGACAAAUGUUCCUGAAUUUUUUGUUCAAUGUAUUCAACAAUUUCCAUUUAUAAUUGGUCAGCUAAAUAUUUUGAAGUGUGAAUAAAUUUUAUAUAAACAACUGGGACAUUUUUCAUAAUGAUACAGCAUUAAGUAUUAUUGUAAAAAAAAAAAAAACAAAAAUUACUAAUACUGUAUUUAAAUUUAUUAAACAGUUAACAUUUUUGGAACAAUUCUCUUUUUUAAAAUAAAAUAAAUUUACAUUUAAUAAAAUAUGUAAUAAGUUUUUUUUUUUUUAUGAUAAUUGUUGAUAAAUUAGUAGUUAAUAAAUCUAUAAUACUUUUGAGGUUUGUCAUAUUUUCUAUUCUGUCAAAUUUAGAGACUAGUACUAUUCAUAUUUUUGAAUCAAGUUUUAUUCUAAUAUUCUAAUAGGGUGUCAUAUAGCUGUUAAACAAAGUAUCUAUGUUAUUAAAAUUAAAACUAUUGUCAAAAUCUGAAUUCUUUUAAAUUUAUAACGGUAUAAACUUUUGCGUUCCAAAUUUCUUAUAAUAUAGC